GAAGCGUCUGUAACCCGAGGUACCACUGUAGUUACAUAAAUUGAGAUCCAAUGUGCCCUUAUGGAGUGGUCGCACCACCACUGCUUUCAGGAUGCAAUGAGGCAUUCACCAGAUAUUGAAUCUGCUUGGUCAGGACCAGACAGUGUGCUUGUUAAGAACUGUAUUAAACAGCAUCCAAUUCAGCACAGAGAUGAGGGAUUUGUCCCCGCAGGUAUCUUGAGUGUUCCAAUAUCCUGUUGAUCAAGGCUGAUGAUUAAAAAAACAAAAACCCUCACCACUGGAAUAAUUCUGCUAGAUGGCUACCAAUGGGGGAGGAGGAAAAUACUUUUUACAAGAGAGGCUCCCUAAAUGCCAUAGUAAUCAUUGUCUAAAUAAGUGAGGCAAACCCUUUGAAAAACGUGAGCCAUAUUUGUGGCUGAUAAGCUUCAUAAAUCAAAUUCUUCUCUUGCUUUAAUUGAAGAUGGUUAUUGAGUUAAUGUUAUUGUUCUCCCAAACUAACCGCAAAUGCCAGUUUUUGUCAGUAGCCUCUAUAUGCAUUUUUACUGGUUAGGAUAUGUCUUAAAUCAUGCAUUUACAGGUGCACUUGCCCUUUUCAUCCUGAUACUAAUAGUGAAAAGCAAACCUGAUUAAAGAAGUCCAGUCUGUUCCCCUAGUCUGUCCUAUUGUGAUAAUCCAGCAUUACUCACCCAGCGCUUGAAUUGCUGCAUACCCUUUUCUGUUCCUUUUAUAGCUAACGUUGAAACUGAGCUUAUAAGGGCUGAAUAACGAAUUGUGCUUGCUUUUCAUAUAGGGUGUUGCUUUGCCUAGAGAUCACUCUUGUUUCAAAAGUACUACUCUACUCUGUUCUAAUUUUCCAGAGUCGGUAAUCUUCUUCCAGGUUCUUAUUGAUGUAGUCACUAAUAGGAUUGUUGGUAUUAAUUUGGAAAUAAUGCCAGCUACAUGCUUGGUGGCUAUUGGCAGAAGAGGUGACAUUGCAGGUCAGCUAAGCAGCACUAGAAACGCUUUGAUCUAAUCUAUACCAAGCCAGAGCUGGCUAUUCUAACAAGAGAGGCUGGUGAGGUCUCUUUCUCUAUGGGAUGCUGAUUCUCUUCCAGAGAGCACUGAGGACAGCAUGGCAGUGGCUUUGGAUGCAAUGCUGGCUCGGGUCAAGGAUGUGUGUAAAAGAAAUGGUUUGCUCAUUCUCUCCGUGUUAUCCGUCAUAGUGGGAUGUCUCCUUGGGUUCUUCCUCAGGACCAGACGCCUCUCUCAGCAGGAAAUAAGCUAUUUCCAGUUUCCUGGGGAGUUACUGAUGAGAAUGCUGAAAAUGUUGAUUCUACCACUGGUUGUUUCAAGCUUAAUGUCUGGGCUAGCAGCCCUCGAUGCGAAGACAUCUAGUCGAUUAGGCAUCAUAACAGUCACGUACUACCUUUGGACCACUUUCGUGGCUGUUAUUGUGGGAAUCAUUAUGGUCUCCAUUAUCCAUCCUGGUGGGGCAGCCCAGAAGGAGAACACGGAGGAAAGUGGGAAGCCAAUCAUGAGCUCUGCAGAUGCCUUGCUGGACUUAAUUCGGAACAUGUUCCCUGCCAACCUUGUUGAGGCCACUUUUAAACAGUACCGAACCAAAAGCACCCCGAUUGUGAAAGCCAACAAAGCUGCGUCUGAAAGCACCACACGCCGAAUCAUUAUCUAUGGGGUUCAGGAUGAAAAUGGAUCCAACAUCCAGAAUUUUGCCUUGGACAUCACACCACCACCCGAAGUUAUCUACAAGUCAGAACCAGGCACCAGCGAAGGCAUGAAUGUGUUGGGGAUUGUAAUAUUCUCUGCUACCAUGGGAAUAAUGUUGGGGAGGAUGGGCAACAGUGGCGUUCCCUUGGUUAGCUUUUGCCAGUGCUUAAAUGAAUCUGUCAUGAAGAUAGUGGCUGUUUCCGUAUGGUAUUUUCCAUUUGGAAUAGUGUUCCUUAUUGCUGGUAAGAUCUUGGAAAUGGAUGAUCCAUCAGCCAUCGGGAAGAAGCUAGGCUUUUACGCUAUUACUGUGGUUUGUGGCCUAGUGGUACAUGGACUUUUUAUUCUGCCAAUGACAUACUUCUUCAUCACCAAGAAGAACCCCAUUGUUUUCAUCAGAGGGAUUCUUCAAGCCUUGCUUAUUGCUCUGGCCACAUCAUCCAGCUCAGCCACUCUGCCUAUAACCUUCAAGUGCUUGUUAGAGAAUAACCAUGUGGACAGGAGGAUUGCCCGAUUUGUGCUCCCAGUGGGGGCAACAAUCAAUAUGGAUGGGACCGCCCUUUAUGAAGCAGUAGCAGCUAUUUUUAUUGCUCAAGUAAACAAUUAUGAGCUGGACUUCGGGCAGAUCAUCACCAUAAGUAUCACAGCAACUGCUGCCAGCAUUGGUGCAGCUGGAAUCCCGCAAGCUGGGCUUGUUACUAUGGUUAUCGUUCUUACAUCAGUGGGGCUUCCUACAGAUGAUAUCACUCUAAUCAUUGCAGUCGACUGGGCCUUAGACAGAUUCCGAACAAUGAUCAACGUGCUGGGGGAUGCUCUGGCUGCUGGAAUCAUGGCUCACAUCUGCAGAAAAGAAUUCACCAAGGAUGGGUCUGAGGUGCCUUUGAUCUGUGAAACAAAACCCAUCAGUAUCCACCAGAUCAUGGCUUACCAGAGAAAUGGCUGUGUGAAGAACAUGAAUGAGCCUCAUGGACCUGAACCAUCAAAGACAUUCCAGCAUCAAAUACCUGUUCAAGUGGAGCAAGAAGAAAACCCGACAGAAACUCAUACAGAGAAAUCUAGCAGUAAGGACCACUGCACUAUUGAAAUCAAUGAACUGGAGACAAAUGUGUAACUGUUAAUCUGGAGGUAUUUGAAACCUAAUGACUACCUCGCAGCUGGAAUUGGGAGACAGCCUUUUGCCUUGAAUGGGAAAACAUGGAAUGACUGCCAUGUGCGAACUGCGGCUGUGAGGCCAGCUGUGAACAUCUGUGAAGAAGAAGAAAGAAGGCUUCAACGAGUGUGGGGCUUUUUCAGUAGCUUGGUUGGUUUUGGUACAAAGGAACUGAUCAGUGGACAACUUUGGUUUACUCUAGGCAACCUUAUAUGACUCUGCUUAUGAUGCUCUUUAAAAGAACUCUGACCCCUUUAAAAUGAUUCAUAAGAGCUAACCGUCUCACUGUCCUCCUAAUCAUGAAGAUAACGUCAAUAUUCACAAUUCCUUUAUUUCACUGAACAGCUUCAAAAUUAACAUCAGCCUCAAACAGUAAAACUUUUGCAUUCAAUUAACAGGGCAACAAAUCAAAAAGACAUUUAUCUUAGUGAAAGGCCAAAGUAAUAAUAUUUCCCAUUUGAAAUGGGAUGUCAUUAUUACAAAAUUAAAUAUGUUUGCACAUAGCAACAUCAGCUCAUGGAGUCUUCCCUCUCCACCAGAGAUCAUGAUCUCUGCAAGGAGAUCAUAAGCAUGUGCUUUCAUUUUCAGUCAACUGCUGAUUGUCAUUAUAUGCAAUCCCUGACAAACUGUGGUUAGGGUUUGCUAUGGUUUACUGAAAGAACUCAACUUUAAACCAUGGUUAUUGAUCCUGGCUUAUUUCAAUAAAUGAUAGGAAUGCUAACCACAGUUCCUGGUUGGGACAUAAAAACAAACCACGGUUAAUUUAAAAUGGAGGGGGAUGCUUCCCAUCUCCUCCUUGUAGCAUGCCAGAGGAGGAAAGAGAAGACUCAUAUGACUCAUGUGUGUCAUAUGAAACAGUGGUUCAUGUGAAUCACGCCAGUAAGUUAUUAUGUAGCAAACCACUCUGAAUUGCAAUUUAACUCUCCAUGCUAUCCAUUAUUCUGUUGAAAUAUUAGUUUCUCUGUACUCAGGUUGACUCACUAUUCUGUGAGAAGAAUUCAAGCACUCUAGAUUUGUGCAGUUAAAGUGGUUUAAAGGACCACUUCACAUCAAAUCUUUUUUUUUUUUUUAAGAAUCAGACCCUUUGCAGUUUGGAAACUGACAGAAAUGUAUUGAAAAGUGAGGGACGAACAAAUAACUAACGGGAAGAUGUAUAAAUAUCGUGACAGCAAAUCAGGAUGAAUGCAGGACUGAUACUCAUUGUUGUAUAACUGCCCUGCAAAUAAGACAGAAUGAAUACUCAAUAAAGGCCACUUAUAAUCUAACCUCUGCAUAAGCUUUGUGCAAGCAAACUCAAUAAGCUGGUUUUCUAGAGGAGCCAUAUGGCAAUUUCAUUGCAUUUCAGUAGCUGCAUUCUCCUAUAUCACUGUUGGCUGUGAUGGUAAUGACUGAGUACAAAAAAGGGGAUCUGUGCAAAUCAGGGAUUCUCAAAAUCCUUUUCUCUUUUACUUUUUUUGCAAUACAGAAUGUUUGUUACUUGGCUUUUUUAAGUUUUUCAUGUGUAUGUUGCCAUGUAUAUUACCUUUUUGGAACUAAUGAGAAGAUUGUUUGUUUCUUUAACAAACCUGUUAUUUGGAAGAGGGUCUCAAAGGUAGGCAUUAAGCUAGUCUACAAAUAUCCCAUCAUGUUUGCCUUCCAAGUGCCAGAUGCAUGUGCUUCUCUUCUUCUUUUUUCCUUCGUUUUAAAAAAUCUUGUUCCAUUCUAUAACAGCAUCCACAGCAUCUAGACUGCAGGAGUCCAAACACACACACAAAACCUGGUGCUACAGAAGAGUACGUAACGUUCUCUUCUUUGUAUAGACUGUAUAUAUACCAUGACGUUUAUGGCCCAGAUCGUUUGACUAAUAUAGAGCUUGUGGUCAGAGAGCAGACUAAACAUAGGCUGGGAUCCAGUGUACAUGACUGGCACAUUUUCAUUGUAACGUUGUCCUCACUUCCAUAGUAAAUGUUCUUGUGAACUCCCAUCCUUAAACUUGUUUUUCUGAAUUAAUAACCAUGCUCCACACACACACACACACACACACACACACACACGGCUAGACCUUCAGCUCCAUUCCAAGUAUCCAGCCACACAUUCCUGUGCUUCUAAUAAUGGGAAUGGCAGUCAUUUGAAGUCGAAGCAGCUUGAAGGAUGGGGGAAGACUGUGGCUGUUGAGUCGGCUAUGCCAAUUUCUCAGUCUAAUUGGCAGAAGGUUAUUAGAGGCGGCCAAGACUCCCAUAGUCUUGUUGCACAGAAGAUGGAAUUGAUUCCACUCUGAGAGCUAGUGUGAUGUAGGGAUUGGAUUCAAGUGACUUUUACUCAGAGUAGGCCCAUUGAGAUUAAUGACCAUAUUGAACUUAAUUUCAGUGGGUUUCUUCUGAGUAAAAGUUAGGUGUCUACAACCCAAGGAUUGUGACUGAGGAGAGUCGGGUUCAAAUGCCUCUCACUCCGGAAGCUUUCUAGCUAGGGUUGGGCCAUUUGGUGUCACCCAGCCUAAAAAAAUUAUUGAGAUUAGAAAGGUGGGGAGGAACCAAGUGUGCCACCUAAAGCUCCUUAGAAAGGCAGAAUAAAAAUGUAUUAGAAACCUAGCAGGUGACAUAGCUUUAUUCUUGCCCCCUGCAUGAUGACAAGGUACAUCUGCCAAAAUUCUCCUCUGCACAACUGUUAAAAGUGUGGGAACCCUUUUCUCUUCUGCCUCUAGGCAGCAGAUGUGGGAUCAGCAGGUUCAUCUGGUAGGCCGUGACUUAGGAUCAGAUUCUGAAGAAGAGGUGACUGAGUGAUUGGAAAGCUGCCUGCUUCUGAGACUGGAAGCUAUUCUCCUUUUCAGUGCCUGCUUUGGAGAAGAGAGGUCCUUCACAGAAGAUUGUUUCCCUAAACCCUUCUGUUCACUUUGAGCUGACUUCACAGUUCUCUCUGCAUCUGCUUUCGUUCUCUUUUCUUUCACUUCUCCUUCCUUUCUUUUAAAAAAACUUUCUCAUGGAUCACUCACUACGCUGGCGUUUUGCUGGUCUCCCACCCCUGCCUUAUUCCUUCAUUGGAGGGAGGGAGGAACUUUUAUGUCACAUCGUUUGAUGAGAAAUAGAGACGGGGCCUUUGGGGGAAGGAGGAAACGAUGACACGAUCUUUGCCACAUCAAAGCCACCCCUAACAUUUUUAUAUUGGUGGGAAUUUGCUGUGGACCCUGGCUUCUUAUUUUUAUAUAUAGGUUGAGAUACUUUAAGAAUGUUUUCUUUAUUUCUCGAAUCCUUAAAUUAUAAAACAACUCUCCCUGUACAACCAGUAUGACCAAUUGUACCAUAUAUUGAUUACCAGUGUUUUCAAUGGGAAAUGUUUUCAAUAAACAUACCGUUGUGAAGAG